AUGAAGACCCUUCUUAUUGUUAUGCCUGGAAAGGAUGCGAAUAUCGAUCCUGACACUGGUUCUAGUUUAUCAGUGCAGGGGCCUAUUCUACGUAUCCAGCACGAUGUUCUUCUGUGCAUCUUUCAGCUACUGGCCAGCGUCGACGUAUCUACAAGUACUCAGAACCAAGAGCGUAGCGCCUGGCUUGCGCCCAUCGUGUUAUCUCACGUCUGCUAUCGCUGGAGCGCGUUCGUGCGUGGAUCACCCACAGUCUGGACGUCCUUGAACGACGCAGUGAUGAUACGUCCUACUGUUGCUACCGAAUUCUUGAGCAGGUCGUGCGACGCCCCCAUUCAUAUCAAGUUCUCGUGCAAGUCCUUCGAUGACUCACCCGACUUACAGCGUGAUCUAGCGCGAUCUAUACAAGCCGUAGCUGGACAUACGCGGCGCCUAGCCACAUUCAUCGCAAUGGCAGUUCCACCGGCCGUCGCGAACAUGAUCACUCCCAUGCUGGUGUCCCCGGCGCCACGGCUUCGAACGCUCGUAUUUUCGGUUAUAGCGGUUUCGCACGAACCAGAGGUCUCGUCGGUCUUCGCCGGUCAUUAUCCACUACUGACGACCGUUGCCCUUGUCGGCCUUCCACGCUUGCAGCUGCCAGCCAGGACACUCGUCGACCUCGUUCUCGCACAUCUCAAGGUCAGUGUAGAGGACGUCAUGCGUACCCUACAGGAAUGCACGGGUCUGCGCUACCUCAGACUGCACGCCUUCCACAACUUUUUGUAUCAGCGCACGCAGUCGCCGCCUUCGGUAGCAGUGCUUUCUUCGUUGCGCAAGCUAUCCGUCGAAGCGGUUCAUGGCACUCCGCGCAGUCUGCGGUUCUUAGAACGUCUUUCUUUCCCCAAUUCCACACAGAUCCGCCUCCACUAUGCCUGCCAUCUGCGAUCUGUGGACACCUUGUAUAAUUGUAGCUCUGUAAGCGACAUCGCCUCACAAAUCGAGGCACUUACUCUAAGCACGGAAGUGGUGGGCCGGUUUCCGUAUAUGCAUGCGUCUACCCUUGAAAAGCUUUUCGAUAUUCAAGUAACUCAAGCCGACAUACAUCGGAGGCGCCCCGCGCUAGCCCACACGCCGUUCGGCGCUAUAGCUUUCCCCUCGCUCAAACAUCUCGACAUCAGGCUGUCUGGUUCACAGGUCGAACUUGACAGCGAAGAAUGGGUGUACAUCUUAAGCAAGAGUUCACGCCUAACAUCCAUCACGGUCCGAGAUGCAAACUGUUCCAUGCGACCUCUGUUCCUAGCGCUCGGGACGACCGCUUCGAGUGAUCCUUCCAUUUGCUUAGAUCCCUCAAUCCCCGAGCCGGCUGUUCCCUGCCCUUCCCUUCAGUCUGUUACAAUCACAUUCCACCGAGAUGGCUUCGACCUCCUCCCUGUUGUGACAGCCUGCCUUGCGACGCGCGCGAGAGAUGGCCGGCGGUUGGCGUCUUGCGAACUGACGACCUGGCGAGAAUGGGUCAUUCCUCCCGAACUAUCAGAUGUUGUUGAUAUGUUGACCGUCACAUGUGCUGUCGACGAGGCGGAGCAGAACAUUCAUCAAACUAUCAUUGUCGAGGAGUAUUCAUCACAGACAAUUCACCAUACAUCAUUGACAAUUGGACAGUACAUCACUCUUGUAUUGUCCGUCCAAACACAAUUGAGCGACCUGUAUGACUUUCACAACGGCAGCAUCAGUGUUGUCACGAAUCCUAUCACGUCGGCUCACUAG